AUGCUCCACAACACACGAACGUUGAAAAUUGUCAAACCUCUAACUUCCUUCUCUAAAUUCGCCCUUCGGAAUGGAAAUAUCAACUCAAUUUACGCACUAUCACGAAUACCUUCACAACAUUUUCAUGGAAAUGGUUUGAAAACUGGAGUUUUUAACAAUUCCGAGACGAGGAAUUAUUGCUCGCUUCAUCUCUGGAAUGAUGGUCUCAAACUCACCACCAACCCUUUAUCAAGCAAAACUAGCAUCCAAACACUCUACCUGAAAAAUUCAAAUUUUAUAACAACGAAACGAUACUACUCCGAAGAGGUUGUAUCAUUCAGCAAGGAGGAAGAUGUCAAUGAUCCUCUCUAUGUUUCAGAAGAAGAAAAACGUCAAAAAUCAGAAAAGAUGGGAAUGUUUUAUACGUGCAAACCUUGCAAACAGAGACACUACAUUGAGUUUUCCAAACAUGCCUACAAUAAGGGAGUUGUAAUAACGCGGUGUAAGAAUUGCCAAAGUCUUCAUCUUAUUGCAGACCAUUUAGGUUGGAUUAGCGACAAUAAGAAAUCGUUGGAAGACAUGUAUGGAAAGAUUGUAAAGCAAUCGGACCUACUCAAGCAACAACAGUCAACGGAAAAGAAUGAAUAA